CUACUUAUUCCCAACCUUCUUGGCUUACUGACACCCAUCCCUAUCCCCCAGGUUUCUACCAUGAAGCUCGCUGUAGUGGGGGGCGGCCCCUCCGCAUUCUACGUCGCUUCGCGUACGUUGCAGCUUCUCCCCAAGCAGGUCGCGCCCAACCUCCGGAUCCACCUUUACGAUCGCCUCUGGGCACCCCACGGUCUCGUCCGCUACGGCGUCGCGCCAGACCACCCAGAAGUUAAAAACUGCGUGCACAAGUUCGACGAGGCGGCGAGUGACCCGCGCCUGAAGUUCUUUGGGAACGUCAACAUCAGCGCGUCGCGAGAGGACCCGCUGCCGUUCCCUCACGCCGUGAACCUGCCCAUUACCUCCCUGUUUGAGAACUACUCGCAUUUGCUAUUUUCCUCCGGCGCCCCCAUCCCCCGCGCGCACGAUGCGCUGCCGACCUCGUCGCCGCACGUCCUACCCGCACUGUCGCUCGUGCACUGGUACACUGCGCACCCUAGCCGCCCGCAAGUACCUGACCUCAGCAAGAUUGAGCAUGUCAGCAUUAUUGGGAACGGGAACGUUGCGAUGGAUAUCGCGCGCAUGCUACUGUCGCCCCUCGAACACCUCUAUCCCUACGACAUUCCACUACCCGUACUCGACGCCCUCAGCAAAUCCGCGGUGAAGCACGUCAGCAUCAUUGGUCGGAGGGGACCCCUGGAGGCGGCGUGCACGGCGAAGGAGCUGAGGGAGCUGCUGACGCUUCCCAAUGCGUCAAUGCGCCCGAUAGACCCAGAGAUGUUCGACACAGCGGUGAAGCCGACGAGACAGCAAGCAAGGAUCAUGCAGCUCAUGCAGAAGGGGUCAGCGCAGUCCUACGGCACGACACCCCGUACUUGGUCCUUCGAUUUCUUCCGGCAACCCGCGGGACUCAACGAGGCGCCCAACACUCGCCCCGACCUCCUGCUCGAGCACACGCGCGUGGAUCCCGCUACGGGGCGCGCUGCCCCAACCGGCGAGCGCAGCGCCCUCCCCACCGACCUCAUCGUCACCUCCCUCGGCUUCCGCGCAGAGGCGCCCCCACGCAUCGCCGGCGGCGCGCUCGACGCAGUCAAACAGCUCGGGCACCUCGACACGCUUCCCGGUGGCCGCGUGCGCGGCCUCAAGAGCGUAUACGCGAGCGGCUGGGCUGCAAACGGCGCGCGCGGCGUGCUCGCGAGCACGAUGAUGGACGCGUACGCGGUCGCGGCGACGCUCGUGGGCGACUACAACGCGGCGCGGGGCACGGCUCAGCCGACGGGCGAGCCCGCGGACGCGGAGUCGACGUCGGUUGCAGGGACGCCGGAUGCGCCCGUGAGUGUGAAGGAGGGUUCGGCGCCGGAGUCGGUAAUGUCGACGGGGACGCCGCCGAUGGAGGUGAUGAAUGCGUUUGCGGAGGGGGAGGGGCCGCCAGGGGAGAUUGUGGAGGCGGAGAGAGAGGGGAGGGUUCUCGGGUAUGAGGCGUGGCGGCUCAUUGAUGAGGAGGAGAGGCGACGAGGGAAAGCACUCGGGCCGGAUAGGGAGAAGGAGAGGGAGCGCAUGAGCUGGGAGGAGGUACAGGAAUUCCUGUCGCAGCGAAGGUAGAAGACGAACAUCGCGUACGGGGCGUCGCAUAUCAGAAUUCCGGCGGCGUAGAGAUCGUAUAGCUGUAACGAGCACGGUUUGGAGGAAAUUCAGGUCGGCAGGAUCGUUGAGGUUGUGAAGUCCAGGGAGCUUGUACGUCCGUCCAAUGAUUCUACCGUGAGGGGUCCAUGACGAUGACUUCUUUCCGUGCAUCGAGCUAUUUCAGUGCGCCUACGCUCGCGUAUGACAGGCAGUCGAGAGGGGGGAAUGAGGCUGUAUGUCCGCUAGGAUGGUGUUGUUAGUGUGGAUAGCGGUUCGCAUGAUGAGGAUGCAGGUCAUGAUAGGUACAAGAUGGGUACAAGAGUUUGAAUGAUGCGAUGCGACGCAACGUUUGCAGCCAC